AGCAAUCAUUCCUAUCGCCAGCCACCGCGGUAAACAACAUGGCUUACACAAAAGCACGCACGGCCUUCGCUGGCCGUUGGACACUUUUUCACACAUCAACAUCAACAUUGACAUCUUCACGAAAUCAUCCUCUGCCAUCACCGCUACGACUCAGCACAUCACAGAACAGCCUGAUCGCAACGGACCACAAUCCCUCCAUCCUGCAUACACAUACACCACCCCACCCUCACAAUGCGCGUUCCCCGAUCCCUCGCGCUGAUCGCAACCUCCUCCUCCCUCCUCUCCACCACCCACGCCCUCCCCCGCCCACAGCAAAGCACGACCUACUCCGUCGUCAAUGUCGCCGGCACCUCCACGGCCGCACAACCCACCACAACCAUCUACCUCACCACAACGCGCGCCACCACCUCGCAGGAGACAGAAACAACCACCACCUCCAUCAUCCAGCAGACGACUGCGACGGCCACGGUAGCCGCGGCGCCGAGCACAGUGACGGUUGAAGCGGCGCCGCCACCGACAACGACGAUGAUGACGAGUUCGAGCUCGAGCUCGAGUAUGGCGUGGGGACCUGGGCCGGUGUCGAUUUCGACGGCCUCGGCGGAGA